CAAGUUUUCAGUGUGUGUUCAGCAAGGGGAUUCAAGAUGGCUUCCUCUGUUAUUGUUCAGUUUUAGUGCGAUUUAUCAUAAAAAAAACUUAUUUUUAUCAAUGUAUGAACUAAAACUAAAUCAUCUGAGGAUUUUUAUACUCUUGUAAAGAAAAGAGGAAUUUUUUCGGGCUGUAAUGUGUGUCUUAUAAGAUAGUAAAUACUUCUACCGUCAAAGCGAUCACCGUGUAUGUGUGUGUUUGUGUGAGUGCGUCACAAGCAUAAUCCGGCUAGUUGUGUAUUUUUUAAGACUGUAAUUUAUUUUUGUUACACAUAAUUUAUGAGUGAAUAAUGUUUUGUUAAGGUGUAUGGUUGUGGUUUUGAAUUGAAGCUCUAAUCUGAGUCUGAGAAGUACUUAGUUCACAUAACGAGGCCCCAACUCUGUCCAAAAUGGAGGACGGUUAACAGCUAUCACGAACCACCUUCAUAUCACUUUUUCAUUCUCUGUUUGUUACUUGGUGAUGAAACGUAUUUUUCAAUAUAUUUAAAUGCAUAUGAAAUACUUUAAAUGCUGUUUUUUUCCUUGUUUCACUUUAUAACAGUGUGGUAAGGGGGCGUGUGGUGGGUAAACUAGUUGGUGAUGAAAAACAAAAAUUAUUUGAAACUUAUUAGUGAUUUUGUCAAGUUGAAAAUCUAAUGUUUACUGAUGAUAUCUGUGUUUUGGACCGUUUUGGAGUCUACAACAUUUUCCAGGCUUCCUGGUCUGAUGAAAGAUUAAGGGUGAGGAAGAUGGAACCAUGGAACUCUGUCAGAGUGACCUUUUCUAUUGGAGCUGAAGCCGCUGAAAGGUUAAGAGUGUUAGCGGAAGCUGGUGGUGAAGUCUUAGCCAGACUUGGCAUAUUAUCAGUGCAACUACCCAGUGGUCAGGUGAUAUCAGUGAGGGUGAGUGCUCCUUCUACUCCUCCUAAUGUGGUUGCACCAGCAGCUAGCUCUAUACCUCCUUUAGUGCCAGCAACUAGUUCUUCUCAACCACAAGCAACACGUUUUCCAUUUAAUUCUAUGGCACAAGCAUCUGCUAUUGUAUCCAGGGAAGCUAAGGCUUGUGUUAACACAGCAGUGGCUACCCAUUACCCUCCUCCUCCUUAUCCAGAAGUACGACCAGAAGUACCACAAGCAAGUCCAUUGUUAGUCAACCUGCUUCAAACUGAUCAAGUGGGUUGUGUGAAUAGACCUGUCAGUUUAUCAAGGCCAAUUUACUCGGGAAGAAGAGGACCUCCAGCACCACCACCCCCACCACCGCCGUACCAGCGACCUGCACAAUCACCUCCAAGACCUAGACCUCCUCCCCAUCCAUCGCAAUCGGUGCAGCCUCCCCUCCUACAACAGGAUGCUUCCCCUUCUAAUACCAAUGAUCCUACACCGAGCAGUACCGCUGGUGGCAAGUCUGUUCAGUACCUCAUAAAUCCAUUAACAGGGGUUUUAGAACCAAUGUCUUCUGAGUCAGAGUCUGAGGCAGAGGGUCCUUCUACAGAACAGCCUCUUAUACGUAGUCCCAGUCCUCCACAGCAGGCUAUUAAGCAACCUCAGUUGCCCAACCAUCUUGAUAAAGAAGCUGAUGAUAUUAAGAAAAAGAUUAUAGAGGAUGACUCUCUUUCUACGAACGUUUCUGCUGUGUCAAGCCCAUUUCCUUCUGCCAUCAGAGAUGAGUGUGAUCCUCCAGAAGAAGAAAGACCUAAGGGUGAAGAAAAGAUCAAACUAAGCUAUAAUGAUUGGACUGGAAUUAAAAAUCUGAAAAUGUUAUUGUUUUUCGGGAGUUUUAUGAAUAAUAAAAGCUCUACUUGUUUAUUUGCUUGGUUGAAGUUUGUUGACCGUUCAAACAUGAGGAAAACAGCAAAAUCAUGCAAAAAGAAUUACAGUUUAUAAGUAAGCUUUUGAAUGGUUAUUUGACAAUUAUUAUAAUUUUAAUCAAAUAAAAUUUGAAUUUUUUUUGUAUAUUUUAAAAAUUACUUUAAUUUACUACAAGGGUUUAUUUUUUAAUCCUUCAUUACACCAAUUGAGCAAGUUAAAGAAAAAGAAGCACUAAUUAGAUUUAUAUUAUAACAAUAAUGAUAUAUCACUAAUAUUAUCAUCAUCUUAUUAUGCCUAAGCAAAGAGUGGUCCAGGAUCCUGAAAAUUUGAACAAAAUAAAGAUAAUCAUUGUAACUUAUUUAAAUUAAUUAUAUAAGAAUUUUCGCUCUUGUAAAGUACAUAUAAACAUUUUAUGCCACAACAAAGUGUGUUAUAAAUUAAAUAAAAUGGACCAGUCAUGAUUCAUAAUACUGUUAUUCAUUUGCUUUGAAUUUUCUAUGACAUAAAAAGUUGGGCAGUGAGUGAAAGUUGUGUGAUGCGCGCACCAGAUUUUUUCCACUAUUAUUGCACCAAAAAGAUUGUUUUCAUAUUCAUGCUUAUUUUAUUGCCAUGAUUAGUUUUUUCUAUCUCUUCUACUUUUUUGACAUUUUAUGAUUUUUGUUUGGCCACAGAUUUGAGAUCUAAUCAAGGAUCUUAGAAUAUUAUGUGAAGUUUAACUUCAAAGCAACAAUAACAAUAAAAGAAAAACGCUUCAUGUGUUUAGCGAACAGAUUCUUGAGAAACAUCAAGGAGUCAAAUUACAAAUAUCUUAUUGACUCAAAUCUGCAUCAAUUCAGAAAUCGCGAUUGUAGGAUAAGUGUAAAAGUGCAUCCUCAUCUUCAGUACUUUCCAGAAAAUGUUAGUAUAUAUUGUGAGGAGCAAAGUGAACGUUUUCACAAAGACAUAAAAGAACUGUAAAAGAGAUACCAGCAGAAGUGAAACUCUGGUGCCUUAUGAGAGACUGGAUACUGCGCCGUGCCAUCUGGAAGGAAACCAUCAAAACAUAAAUAAAAUCUAAUCAAACUUAUUUUUUUGUCUAGUGGCGUUGAGGCUUUACUGCAAUGCUUGUUUCAGAAAAAAUUAUUUCUUUUUAAUGAAUUCCAAGUAUUUUAAUUCAAUAUUGUGGAAAAUCAAGACGUGAUGGAGAAAAAAUGAAAGCACAUAUGACAUUAGUAUGAAACAAUCUUUUAUAAACACAUAGUUUCAUAUGACCUCAAAAAAAAAAAAAAUUUUAUCUGUAGGGUGAUGUAAUUGAUGAAUAUAUAAAUAUAGACAAUAUUAUAAUUAAUUUAAAAGUAAAUAAAAAAAAUGUAAAGAGUUAAAUUUAACGAGAUUUAAUGGAGGAUAAUAAAAAAACAACUUUAUAUUUUGGAAAAGAUAUAAAAAAGUCUUUUCAUGCCCCAAUGUGGCCAGAAAUGCUACUGCCAUUAAAAAAAAAAAAAUCAAAAUUUCAUUUGAAUACCAAUGACAGGAUAUCUGUGAGAAGAUAUUUGACUAUCCUGCUUUAUAUAAUAUAGUUUCUAUAUUGAGUCAGUUCUGCUUUUUCAGUUUCUAUAACCUACUAUAUAAGUGAAGAAGAUUUUUAUCAAUUCUAUGGCGAAGGUGGCCCAAGAUAUGUAUCACUUUUCAACUGGUUCUCAAAUUUCCAUCCUCUAGGACCUUGAACUUCAUUUAACAAAAAUGUUAAAAUGGGAAAGAGUGGUUGCAAAUAAUGUUUUAAGAAAGUUAAUCCAACUUGAAUUAACAACUCAAGUUGUUUGUAUACAGAACUCGAUUGUUUGUAUACAAUUACACAAAACUUUAUGUAGAAAUUUCAAAAUUGCAAAUAAACUGAAAUCUACUAUAAGGCAAAUACAAAGAAAAUAAAAAUAUUGCUAUAGGCUUGUCAAAAAGAUUACAGGUAAGUCACAUAAACAUAACCUAACUGAAGAAAAUGCUGUCUUAUAAUAAUUCAGAUAACAAUAAUACAAUUUUAUGUAAUUAAUUAUGCCACCUUUAACUUAAUACACAAUUGAGUGUAUGUCUUACUUCAUAAUUUGGUAAGCAUAUGUUUUGCUUGUGAAGUGAAAAAAAUUAUUAUAUGAUCAGUGUAAAACUUACUUGCAUAGCUCAGAUGUUACAAUUGCUUAUCAUGUUUUUUUCUCAUUUUUGAAGUUACCCAAUUUUAACCAAGCAAAUAAACAAGUAUGGCUUUUAUUUUCCAUAAACCUCUCGAAAGACACUAUAACUAUUGUGAAUUUCAGAUUUUUAACUCCUGUCUCAUUGGUGAUAUUAAAGCUUCAGUUUUGAAAAAAUCGAAAAAUUUCAAACUUUAUGGAGUCGUAAAAAACUAAGGAUACAUUUAGUAGGAAUAUUUAUUCUGGUUGACCUACUAUUAAGCACCUACCCAUCUUACAAGAGGUAAGUGAUUUAAAGUGCUCGUAAUAAUAGAAGAAAUGGUUUGACUAUUUUUUUUUUUUUUUUUGAGUUGCACAUUAAACUUCAGGUCAAUUUUUAUCAUAUUAGGAGUAGGAAUAAAUUAAAUUUGCAGAGAAUAAGUUUUUUAGUUUAAAACAUUUCCUGUGAAAUGAUGUUUGUUUGAUAUUUCUAGAAGUCCAAUCAAUGAAUAAUUUUAGAGGGAAACAAAAGGAACACAAAUUUUUAUUUAGGGACUUAGUUUGACCUAGAUCUAGGCAUUCUUGGAAUAAUUUAUUUUUAAAAUAAAUCAUAUGAUUAUUUCCGAAAUAAUGGUAAUUUCUGAAAUAAUAUUUUAAUAUUCAUUGAAAUAAAGUUAUUUAUUUCGAAAUAAGUUAUUUCAGAUUUAUUUAUUUCAUAAAUAAAUUUUUACAAAAAGCAUAAAAUAAUUAUUUCCGAAAUAAUUCUGUUCUGUAAUAACAUAAAAAAUUCACCAAUAUAGAAAAUAUAUAAUAUUUAAAUAUGUAGUAUAACACUGACCUAUCAACCUCUAAUCCGCUGGUGACAGUGACCAUAGAGUGCAUAUUUCGCCUAUCUAUUACUACAGAUAUAGGUGGUACUACAGGUAUCAAGCUCAAAAAGACUAAGUGUGCCCGAUCUCCUUAAUAUUAUAUUUACUCCUGUUUGAGACACUUUAACCUUUGUUGAGGCUGAAUGUGCUCGACAGAAGUUUAAUUUUUCUUGUGCCUCUUUUCAUUUUUUACAAUUAGACGGACUUGAGACAUUAUAUUUACUGCUGUUUGAGAUAUUUUGGUUUUUGUAGAGGCUGAGUGUGCCUGACAGAAAUUUCAUUUUUUCUUAUGCUCCCCCCUUUUUUUUAACAAUAAGACGGACUUGAGACAUCAUAUUUACUGCUGUUUGAGACACUGAAAUCUGUGUAGAGGCUGAGUGUGCCCGACAGAAAUUAAAUUUUUUCGUAUGGUCCUUUUCGUUUUUUACAAUUAGAUGGAGUUGAGGCAUUAUAUUUACUGCUGUUUGAGACACUGAAAUCUGUGUAGAGGCUGAGUGUGCCCGACAGAAAUUAAAUUUUUUCGUAUGGUCCUUUUCGUUUUUUACAAUUAGAUGGAGUUGAGACAUCAUAUUUACUGCUGUUUGAGACACUGAAAUCUGUGUAGAGGCUGAGUGUGCCCGACAGAAAUUAAAUUUUUUCGUAUGGUCCUUUUCGUUUUUUACAAUUAGAUGGAGUUGAGGCAUUAUAUUUACUGCUGUUUGAGGCACUGUAAUCUGUGUAGAAGCUGAGUGUGCCCGGCAACUGUUUCGUUUUUUCUUAUGCCAUCUUAUAGGUUUUUUUUGUUGUUAGACAGGUUUGAGCCUUGAGAUGAGUAGGAAAACAAAAAAAAAAAAAAAAAAAAAAAAAAAAAAAAAAAAAAAAAAAACUUCGGGCAUACUCAGUUUUUAGAAAGAUUAAAGUGUCUAAAACAGCAGUAAAUAUAAUGCCUCAAGUCCAUCUAAUUGUAAAAAAACAAAAAAGGGCAUAAGAAAAAUUAAAUUGCUGUCAGGCACACUCAGCCUCUUCAAAAGUUAGAGAGUCUCAAACAGUAGUAAAUAUAAUGUCUCAAAUCCAUCUAAUUGUAGACAAUGAAAAAGGGCAUAAGAGAAAUGAAAUUGCUGGCAGGGACACUCAGCCUCUAUAGAGAAUAAAGUGUCAAAAUAUAAUAGUCGACCCUGAUAUUGAUUAAAUCCGAAAGGUUACAAAAAGGCUCCAAAAAAUAUUAGAUUAUAUAAAAUAAAAACAUAUUUUAUUUUUUAAAUUACUCAUGGCGUUAAAAUGUUUGGUAAGUAAUUUUCAAAUUUACUCAUGGCUAAGCUUCUAAGAGUGAUCACUCGUGACGUCACCGCUGCACAUUUACUCAAGUAAUUGCCCAACACUAUGGUACUCAGGUCACUUUUUUCGGUUCUUCGUUUAUUUCAAGUAAACCAUGCGUCAGCGAUAAAUAUGUUCUAUUUACAAAAUUAAAGCUGAUAAAAAUUUUCAACAAGAUCGAUAUCACAUAUUUUCAGAAAUACCUGGGCUCAAUAAUCACUGCCGUUGGAAAAAUUAUUACCUCACAUUUUUAUGUUUGUUUCACUAGCCAACUCUUUAUCUCUUCAUUUUACAAAAAAACUCAUGGGGGAAGAAAGUUGUUAAGCAUUAUCAAGAAUAUAUAUUAUUUUACUAUCUUAUCUUAAACCGUUCAAAAGGUUGAGCAAUUAUAGUUUUAUGUGUUAAUUUUGAGUUUUUGCAUAAAAACUUAAUUUUGUAUUUAUUAUUAUUCUACUGCUCUAAAUUUUAACAGUAUUUUUGUAUCUAAUUAUAAAUAGUAUCUACUAAAUGUAUAAGUAAUACUUAAAUAAGUAAUAUGCACUAUUUACCAUAUUUUCAGGUACAAAUGUAGUUCUCUAAAAAUAAAGUGUUUGGUGUCAUUAAGGACUAUUCUGGACCCUGAGAUCCCAGUACAACUACUUUUAAAGCCCUAUUUCUUACUUCUGUAGAAAUAUCAUAACUAUAUAAAAAUACUUGAAGAAUUCUAAUAUGUGCAAUAAUUUGACUCCCAAUGGCACAAAAAUGGAUUUUUGGUAAAAUCCCUAUGCAAAACUUUAGGUGCCAUGUAAUUCCUAAGUGAACAAAAAUCUAUACAGUUUUUUUUGUAAAUGUUUUGUUAAGAUAAUUUAAUUUUAUAACAUAUUUAUCUAUUGACACUUAAAUGGUUUAUGCCGUCAAAUCAAUGUUGGAAAUUCUCUCUCUCUCUCUCUAUAUAUAUAUAUACACAGAAAAUUGCAUUUCCAAGUCAAAUUCAACCUUUUCUAAAUGAAAUUCAACAUUUUUUAUUUCAAAUUAAACUUUUUCUAAAUUCAACUUUAGACUUUUUAUAACUUUAAUUUUUUUUUUCAUUCCAUUUUUUUUUCAAAAUAAGAGCCAGUUACUAUAUUAUCGAAGGUGUUGGUAGCUCUUGAAAAAUACUAUAAUAUAUAACAAUAAUUUAUUUGUUUUUGGGGAAUACCCCAUACAAAUAGAGUUGGUCAUUAACAGUAAUAUAUACAAAGGAGAUAAUGAAAAAAAUAACAAUUCUUCGGGUUGCAGUGUCAACAUCUCUGAACAGCAACCAUUAACAAUAUAUAAUAUAAUAGUAUACAAUAAUAAAAAGAAAAACAAUCCAUAAUAAUAAUAAAUACACAAACCAAUAUAAAUCUUUGUAAACACCCAGUGAUACAUUUUACUACAUUUAAAUAAGAUAUUAAAUAAUAUAUAUUAAACAAAUAGAAAAAAUUAUAUACACAUAUUCCUCUACAGUUACAGUUUUUACAUAAUUUAGUUGUUAAAAAAGGAAAAAAAAAGAAUAUACAUACAUAUACACAUAUACAUACACACAUAUACAUACACACAUACAUACACCUACAUACAUAAAUAUAUAUAAUAAAAAUCUAAUCAAAAUUACUGUACUGUCAUCCAUUGACAAUAAAUGAUUUUACCCUACAACAUUGUUUUGUAUAAUAAAACAGUUUACUAAGGGAUUUAACAUUUUCAAUUUUCAAUAAUGCCAUGUAGUUGGACCUGGUCGUAUUAUCGAAGAUGUUGAUAGUGGUUGAAAAAUAUUAUAAAUUUUAUGAUUACCUGAUUGCAUAUAAAUUUAUUUUUAUUUUUCAGGAUAAUAUUUUCCAUGUCUUAUUCAAUUUUUUCCUGGUCAAAUUCAAUCUAUUCCAUUCCAGAUUCAAGUUUUGAAUUUUUAUAACUAUCUAUUUUUUUCAAAAUAAGGACCAAUUGCUAUAUUAUCGUAGCUCUUGAAAAAUAUUAUAAAUUUUAUGAUUACACGGUCGUAUAUCAAUUUAUUUUUACUUGUCAGAAUUUUUGGUAUAAUAUUUCCAUGUAAUGUUUAACUUUUUCCAAGUCAAAUUCAACCUUUACCAAAACAAUUUCAAACCUUUCCAAGUCAAAUUCAAUCUUUUCCAAGUCAAAUACAAACUUUUCCAUAUCAAAUUGAAAAACUUUAUUUUUAUUGAAGGAAG